AUGAUCAUCCACUCUAACGUUGCUACUGCAGCCAGCAAGGGAUUUGCCUUUGUCAUCACAGAUACAUCUGGAAAGCCCACGACAGACGAUCGGAAACUCAUACGCAGUCAUGUCAUGCGAGGCAAGAAUACACGCCCGUCUCGUGGCGGCCAAAAGCGCUCGACCAAAUGGGUCAACCAGACUAGUCCUCAACCCCCACAGGAACCAGAGGAACCACCUGCGCCCAAGUCACUCACUGCUCUCGUUAAAGAGCCGAGAAAACAAAAACUCUACAAGAUUGCCUGGUACGAGCAUGUAUUCCGCACACCUAAUGACCUUUACAUGUUCCAAUUUGCCGACGAUAUUGACGCGGCCUCUCGAGGCAUGCUAUUCGAAUUUUACGCCGUCGUUAAAGAGACGAUGUACCCCAUCGAGUGGUGCCUGCAGUACGACGAGAGCAAGACGCCGUGGUUCUACUGGCUUCUAACAGAUGCCGCGUUUCUGCACUCGAUCUUAUUCACGGUAGGAUUGAUGAACGACACUGUCAAAGGAGACAGCCCAAGCAAACACACCAACUUCCAUAUUUGGAAGACACUCCAGCUGUUGAACCAAAAUAUUGCGGACCAAGACAUGGCUUUGGCCGAUUCGACCAUCGCCACGAUUGUGUCCAUGUGUAUGGUGGCCGAAAUCUUCGGACAGCGCGACAAUGCCGCCGCACAUAUCCAAGGCAUGCGUCAGAUAGUGAAGCUAAGGGGCGGAAUCGAAAGCUUCUCUCACAAUCUUCAAUUACAGGUCAAGAUCUGCCGGGUGGACAUUGGCUGGAGUUUAUGCACCGGCGAGAAACCGCUCUACUUCCGGGAUACCUUCUCAUGGGAGCCUGCUUUCUCCCCUAUACUGGGCAAAGUCCCUGUUGGCUCCGAGGUCUGCCCUGGCUCUUCGAGCAUACGACUUCUCUUAGACGCCGCCGACAGUCGCUUGGGCAACGUCUUCCAAGAUCUCCACGACUUCUCCCGCCUGGCGACCGCACUAUACCACACCAAUCGCAAGAUUGACCCGAACCUGUUUCAAGAGUUCAUGACUUGCGUUCAAUACCGGCUGUUGUAUUCGGAGACGACAGCACACAAUGCCUUGGCCGAACUAGGUCGCCUUGGGAUGAUCAGCUACAUCACCACCCUCUUCCUCCAGGUACAAGGUGCAAAAUUCCAGUUCACCUCCCUGACUACCAAGCUUAGGUCAGCAUGCAAGAACUUCGAGAUCUCAGCCUCCACAUGUGCUGCCACGAAACUCCUACUGGCCUGGAGCCUUGUUAUCGGUGCCAUAUCCGUCUUUGAAGAGCAGGACCACCGUUGGCUUUUGCCGAAGCUGGCCAAUCUGCGAGACUCUCUGGGACCUACAUGGCCCGAAGCCAAGGCCAAGCUCGAGGAUGUCAUUUGGACCGAAAAUGUCCAUGAUUCUGCCGGUAUCAAGGUUUUCGAAAAGCUAGUACUACACGUCGCCAGAAUUCCGAGAGCCAGCACAUAG